AUGUGUGCAUCAAAAUGGCGCGCGUGUCAGAGAUAUUGUUUGUUGUGUCGUUAUGGUGCGUUUCAUCGCUGUGUAUUAACUAUGAGAUUUGCUAUGACACUCCUCAAAGUUGUAAGACAAAUUACUACUUUCAGUACUCGUCGCUAAGUUGUAAAGAGUGUGGGUCUAAUAAGGAACGAAGUCAGGAUUUCAUAUCUUGCACCUGCAAGAUUGGUUACAAGACUGUGGUGGACGAGCUUGAGGUUACCGAAAACAAUGGUUGUCCAAGUGAAAUUAUUCGAUGCGAGAAAUGCAGUGGCUCUACAAACGAAACAAGUUCCCUUGAUGGAAGUUUUUGCAUCAGAUGUCAAAACGACUCGACCGGUGGUUUUAAUGAGAAUACAGGCACUUGUUUUGAUUGCCCUGAAAACUCUUUUGCUCGAGAUCGUGAUGCGAGCGGAGUGAGGUUGCCUAGGAGGCAAUGCUUAACAUGUACAUCAGAUACAACACUAAGCGGAACGGAGGAAAAAGCUUGUAGACGCUACCACUCUAGCUUUCUGUUCGCUAAUAAUUCAACAGUUCGUCAGGAAUGCAUUAACGGCGAGCAAGACUCGGGUUUCACAGUUGUGGGUGGCGUGUGUUUCCAGGACUCAGAUCUGAUCACAGAGAAGGAUGACUUAUACAAAGUGACAUAUGUAGACGAGGACAAUACAAUAAUAUCGUCAUUUUACGAGAGAACUGUACGCGCUGCUCAAGCUCUUUGUAAGACGUGCUCAAAUUUUACAGCGUGUCAGCUAUUGGGAAACCUUUGCGUUUUACAGGAUUACAGUGGUGUGGUUUGCGAUGAAUACAGAAACAUUGUUGCUACUUCUGACCAAAAUGCAAGACCUGAUAACUCUGAUUGGCCUACAUAUAUGCCUUGGCUUUUCUACUCUAAAAAAACUGCUGGUGAGGCUCCGGAUAUCCUAGACAAGAAAGAGAUAACAAAAACAUUUGAACGAAAUGAAGAUAUUGAAUUUCUCCUUGUUGUUUACACACUCAAUGGAUCAUUUGUAGGUUAUGAAAGCAGUUUAGAUUCUAUACCGUUCUGCAAAGAUCGACCCUCUAAAAUGGCAGCAGCAUCAAAAUUUGCAACAACUUACAAGUCGUCAUGUUCAGUAGGAGUUGAUGAUCUGAAAGACGUGCCAAUGUUUCUGUACGACAUGUUUAUUGUCCUUGGAGACACGAUUUACCCUGUGCCAGUACUCAUGGAAAAUUAUUUAAGUGGCAGUGACAAAGUCAAUGAGAACAGUGACAGAACGAAAUGGCAGCUGACACGGCGGUUCUUUGUUGUUGAUAAUCAGAUCGGGAUUCCAUUAGGGUCCAAAGUGCUGCAAUUCAUUCGCUAUGCCUCUAAGAUUGAGUUGAACAUAAGGCUGCGAUCAUCUGAUGGAGAAAUAUAUCCCCCCAUGUUGCGAGUGAGAUAUGAACCAUUGGAUUUAAGAGAUGAAGACACAGCCAAAAGCAGUAAAGAAAUGUCAUUUGCAGUCACUUAUGAAAUGGAUUUUGUAAAGAUAAAGAAGGAUACUGAGAUAGCUGUUGGAUGCCUGUCGGCUCUAGCUGCCAUUUUGGCCUUUGUCAAAGUUUCAUCAUGGAGAAGACGCCAGGGUCGCAUUGAAAUUGAUGCUGCAUCGCUCUUGAAGUUCAUCCUUUUUUGUUUCAGUACAUUUUCCACCAUGCUGUUUUGGGUGGCCUUUGGUUUGUCUGUGUCAUUUCUAAUUUUUUUUAAACAACAAAAGACAGUCUCUCAGCUUCUGCCCACACAAAGCCAAGAGGGUUUGUUUCUCAGUGUUGUGGUGGUGGUCAUUGUAUUCAAAAUUAUUGAUGUGCUUCACAUGCUUUGGUCACAGAUCUCAUUUGAAAUUUUUUUUAUUGACUGGGAACGACCACAGGGGAGAGUCAACCAACCCACUCAGGGGGGUGAUGGAGGGGGCAUGAAUUCCCCUGUCAGCAUUUGGAGAACUCUGUUCGUUGCAAAUGAGUGGAAUGAAAUCCAAACCAUUCGCAAAGUCAACCCAGAAUUGCAGAUUUUCAUUGUGCUGUUUUUUCUAAAAGUUUUUGGAUUUGAGUAUCUGGCAACAACAGACCCACAGAGUAACUUCUCGGCAGACUACACAACUGAAUAUGUUGGAGAGUUCAGCAAAGUGUUGCGAUUUGCUGUUUUGUCAGUGUUGUUCCUAGCCGUAGAGGCAAUCCAGUGGUUCUUUUUUGCAUUUAUCUAUGAGCGAUUCUUUGGAGAUUCUCUCGGCGACUUUAUUGACCUGUGCUCAAUGAGUAACGUGAGCAUCUUUGUCUUAGAGAAUACUCGCUAUGGCUACUACAUUCAUGGCCGCUCAGUUCAUGGCCGUGCAGACACUAACAUGUUGCAGAUGAACGAACAGCUGAAGAGAGAAGAAGAUGACUUGUGCGGGAAAAGAGGCUUGGAACCCAACACAGAGCGGCAGACAUUUGAAAUGGAGGUGCCAGCAAAGUUCCGUGAACAGUAUGAAGAAAUUAUUCGACCACUUCGGGAGGGAAAUCUUCAGCAGCAGAGGAGAAACGUGCCAAAUACUCCUAUGGGUCAAGAUGGUCGUACAAGUCGCCUUCCUAUAGCAGUGGAGAAGCGCUUGCAAGCUUACAACGCACUAAACCGCUUUCUCUCUGCCUUCAUCGAUCACUCACUGAAGGACCUUGAUUACCUGGUAAGGGACAAGCUCCUUUUUGAACGGAUCUUAAACAUGGAGUUGAAAGAAGUCCCUCCUCCUGACAAGGCUAUUUUUUACAACGACGAUGGCAGAUCGUUUAACUCAAUUCUUUUCUAUGGGAAUGAGUGGACAUUGAUGUUUUUUGACUUGUUGGUGUUCGCCGCUAUGGAUUUGAUUUACCCGAAUUUUGUUUUUGCUGGGGUAAUGGCCUAUCUUUUCAGUAAAGGCUUGACAAUUGCCAGAAACACAUUGGGAAGGAAAAAUCUGACUAGGAAGACACUUGUAGAUGAAAGGUUUCUGAUCUAGUUUGACUGAGGGUCGUAAAACACUGAAAACAAAGCAUCCACAAUGGCGGAUGCGAACAGAAGUUGACAUUGCUAAGAAACGAAGAGAACUCGAAGUAGAACGUGAACUGUCUCUGAAGUGCGUUAAAAACGCGAAUUAGCAAAUCGUGAUAACUUUUAAGGCGCGUAUCGAUUGAGUGUCGUAAAACCAAAACCAGAGCAGACACAACGGCUAAUCAAGAAGAAAGAAAACGCCUUAAGACUCGAUGAGAACUCAAAGUAGAAACAAGCAAACCACCUAAAGCGCGGGAAAACCCGGACGACGAUUUUGCUUUUGCAACUGAUUGGUUGAUUCGUGCAAUAUUUCUGGGCCAAUCACAGAGCGAAGUUACUCUCGACACUCAAUUGAAAUGCUGUAGUUUGGAACUUAGUUCGAUUGCUUUCCAUAAUUAAGAACGUAAGAUUCGCGUAUAGAAAAACAUUUAUGGGAUUUUGCGAUGCAAUUAUGCCAAUUUUUUAUAACGUAAACCUGUUUCCAAGAUGGAAUCAAAUUUAACUUUCAGAGAAAGUAGCAAUAGUCAGAGAAAGUUAAGGUACGGGACAAUUCCAGCGAAGCUGUUGAUAUUUUAAGCCAUAGUACGGAAGAUUUCUUUAUCAAUCACAGAGCCGAUGAAAUCUAUUAAGGCAGUUUUUGUAUGUAACGUAAAAAGGAAUUCGUUUUAGACUGGGUCAUCCUUAACCUUCUUUCAUAGUAUGCUUACUUAUUAUUGCCAGUCGUGGAAGGAAGUUUUCAUAUUUUGGUGUCUUGUCUUUGGCUUCGCGGGAAUGCUUUCUCCUCGUUGCUUAAACUCGAAUACUACUAUAUGAUUUUAGUUUGAGGUGACCUUUCACAAAAUCCUGUAUGCUGUGGAGAACGAAUUACAUCCUAACAUCUACAUGCAUAUUCUCCACUCGUUCUUCACACCUCUCUAAAGAUUUCCUUUUGGGAAAUUCUUAGACGUUGUGUUCAAUAUCAUGGAAGGUCCCAUACUCUAGGGCAUUCAUUAUUUUACCGCUAUCCAUUUACGUGUUUACUUUAGAUUCUUCAGUGUAACAGAUAAUCUUAGAGCGAGUCUAGAUGCAACAAUUAUUUGGAAGAAAAUAAAUUUAAUUUGAAGUCGUGA